GCAGUACUCAGGUUUGCAUUCAGACAUUAAAAAGUGUUAUCUACUGUAGCCGUCCCUUUGAGAAAACAUAACGUCACAGAAGCACUUUUAUCAGCAUAAAAAUGUUGAUGUGCAGGUUUACUAUAAAACGUUUUCCCCAGAAGUUCAUAAGAAUGCAGAAUGAAUGUUGUUCUGUGCCCACUUCCGCUUCACUCCCCCAUCACGGACAGGUAUUUAACAUAAGCCAACAGAGCGGUCCGAUUCAGGAUGUUUUAAAGUCACGCUUAAACAAGUUGCUUGUGUGCCUUACUUUCCAUCUCCACUCAAAAACUUAAUUAUGCCUGCUACACCAAGAACCCUCAGCGUUUAUGGGGGAGCCGGUGGCCGAGGAACGCUCAUCUCCACCUUUUCUUCUCCAAGAGGUUUCAACCCGGUUGAUACUGUGGAUGUGACCGCUGAUGAGAAAGCCACCAUGCAGAAUCUGAAUAAUCGUCUAGCUUCAUAUCUUACAACAGUGAAGUUGCUAGAGACGACAAAUGCUGAGCUGGAGAAAAAGAUCAGGGAGUGGUAUGAGAGUCACACACACUCCACGUCUGACCACUCUAACUAUCUGGCUACCAUUGAAGACCUGAAGGAACAGUUUAAUUUAGCUUACAAAGAUAAUGCCACAGUCAUCUUGGCAGUGGAAAAUGCCAGGCUAGCAGCUGAAGACUUCAAAACAAAGUAUGAGUAUGAGCUGUUCAUGAGAAAAGAUAUUGAAGCUGAUGUUGAAGGUCUGAAAAAGGUUCUGGAUAAUUUGACCUUGGAGCGAUCAGAUUUGGAGUUAAAAUAUGAAGGUCACAAGGAGGACCUUGCUUUUCUGGAGAAAAAACAUGAUGAGGAUUUGGCUUCUGUUAGGAACAAUGUUGGUAAGUUGGAUAUUGAAAUCAAUGCAGCGCCCUCUAUGGACCUGAAAAAGGCCAUAACAGGCAGUGAUGAAGACUUUGAUGCUGCGGCUAAGAAAUAUUUAACAGACCUGAAGGAUUGGUAUCAAAAUAGGGGCAAGAAACCGCAAAAGGAAGAGAUCACACAUAGCGAUGAGCUCCAGAACAACAUAAAACUUAUUAGAGAAAUGAAGAACAAAUACCGAAAACUAGAGAUUGAUCUGCAGUUCCAACAAAAAAUGAGGAUAGUUGAUGAGGGUACGCUGGAGGAAAGAAAUGCCCAAUAUUGGUCCCAGUUAACUAAUUUUCAGGUCCAUGUUACCAGCCUGGAAGACAAGUUGAGUUUUUUCCGUUCUAAAAUUGCCACAAACAAGCAAGAGUAUGAAACGCUGCUGGACAUCAAGACCCGACUGGAGCAAGAGAUCGCAGAAUGCAAGAGAAUACAGGAUCAGGUUUUUGGAGAGGAAAUGUGAGGCUUGGGGACUUUUUAUUUUCUUUGAUAUUUUGUGAUGUAGUCUCUUCUUGAAGUUGUUAAUGCAGUAAUGUUGAAUGCAGUAUGAUUUAUUUUAAUAAUCUUUUACUGACAGUAGCUUUUUUUUCCUCUCUUUCAUUUGAAACGAUUCUGUCUUCACAGUGAC